AUGCCCCAUCUCGAGCUGAUUCCCUGGCAUUCUGACCCAGCAACUGAUACUACGGUAGUGCUGAUUCCUUGUCUCGGUAAGCUAAGCCCUCUGGUACAAGGCUCUCAGUGGGUAUCGUCAGAGCGGUUGGGCAACCAAUCGUUUAGUACGAAUCGGGGUAUGGUACCAUUAGUCCUCUGUUUCAUCUUUUAUGGUACUUGUAGCCGUGUAAAUGCUACUUUGGUACUUUUAGCAAAUCGCUUCCCAUUAGUCUUGUAUCCGGCCUUGAUGGUACCAUAA